AGGGGGGUGGAGAGCGUAUCAGAAGACACGGAUAAAGAAGAAGAGAAACAAAAAAAAUAUCAAAGGGAAGGAUGUUGGUGUAUGCAUGUGAGAGCAAGUGCAGUAGAUAGCUGUAAAUUCGAGAUGACGAUGACACAAAAAACCCAAAUUGCGCUGUAAUUCGAAACGAAAUUGCGACCGAAAACGAAGUUCUCGUUUCUACGCUUGUGAUUUGCAGCCCCCAGCCCAGCAGCAUUGGUCCGCAAUGGAGGAGUCGUCCGCUUCGCCCAAUCCAGCUGCAGUUGCGUCACGUGGCCGCGGACGUGGGCGGCCGCCGAAAAUAGCGCCUCCCGCCGAUGGACCCGUCACCGCCCCCAUACCCAAUACGCCCGCCCCCAUCCCCAAUCCCAGCCCAAAGGAUGCGUCGUCGUCACCCACUCCGCCGGAGGAUCCAGAUGGCGGGCCGAACGAGUGUCGCCGCAGUUCGCGCAAGAAGAUCAUCAAGUUCGAUGUGCGGGAUUUGCUGAAUAAGAAUCGAAAGGCGCACAAGAUCCAGAUCGAGGCACGCAUCGAUUCCAAUCCAAGUCCCAGUUCGUCGUCGUCCACAGCGACGUCGACAUCGACCUCCACACCCAAUCGCUUGUUCUCCAUGUUCGAGAGCAGCCAUCAGUCGUUAGCGAAGCCGCCCCCGCCACCGCCGCCAUCCGCCCUGGAGAUCUUCGCCAAACCGAGACCCACCCAGAGCCUGAUUGUGGCCCAGGUGAGCAGCGAGCCGUUGGCUUCCGUCCAGACGCUGGCCAACCUGCCCGUGGUGGUGGCCGCCCGCAAGCGGGGUCGUCCGCGGAAGAGCCAACCCUCGUUGAUACCGGAGGCUCCGGCGGCUCCGGCCAGUUUGGUGCCGCCCAGCUGCUCCGACUCCGAUACCAACUCCACCAGCACGAGCAGCAACUCCACCGGCAGCAGUGGCGACAGCGGCGGCGAGCCAGCUGCCCUUGUCAAACGGAAGCCCAAGUCCAAGCUGCGCGUCUCCCUCAAACGCUUGAAUUUGGCCCGCCGGCAGGAGUCCUCCGAUUCCGGCGACAUGGCCAUGGGCAACUCGCCGCCUUCGCCGUCGUCUUCGUCGCCGGAGGUGGAGGUGAUGGUGGAGCCGCCUGCCCUGCAGGAUGACAAUGCCCUGGACGAGCAGCCCGACAACGAACAGGAGGUGUCGCGCAUAGUGGUGGCCGCGGAUAACUCCGAUUCCGACUCGCAGAUCAUAUUCAUUGAGAUCGAAACGGAGAGUCCCAAGGCAGAGGAGCCCCAAGAAGUGGCCAACAAGCUGGGUCAAACGUCCGAUGCCGAGCAAGAUCUUGACGAGAUUAUGGUGGAGGUGUUGAGCGGACCGCCCAGUCUGUGGUCCGCCGAUGACGAGGCCGAGGAGGAGGAGGAUGCGGCAGCAGCAGCGGCAGAAGCAGCAUCAGCAGCAGCAGCAGCAUUAGCAGUGAAAGACAGAGCCACCCCGCCAAGCGGAGAACCGGAGGCCGAGUCCUCGUCACCAGCACCACGACGCAGCAGGAGAUCCGCGCAGCCACGCGGCAGCAGUCGACAGGGUAAGACCCUCGAGGAGACCUUCGCCGAGAUAGCCGCCGAGAGCAGCAAGCAGAUCCUGGACGCCGAGGAGUCCCAGGACCAGGAGGAGGAGCAGCACAUGCUGAUCGAUCUCAUCGAGGACAGUCAGAGCCAGCCGACGGAGGAGGCUCCCAGUCCCAAGAUCACGCCCAUCGAAAACGUGGAGUUGCCGGAGGUAGAAGUGGAGAUUAAAUCGGUGCCGGAGACGGAGGUUAUCACUGCCAAGAAGGAGUCCAUCGCAGAGGCCAAGCCAGUUGCUCCACAGCCCGAAAAUGUUAUUUCGGAAUCUGAAAUGAACUCGAAUGUAGCCAAUCCAGAGCCAAAGGAGAAACCUAAAGCGAUACCAGGAUUGGAAUUGAUAGCCAAUGAUGUUCCACAAUCAGAAACGGUCACCAAAGGUGUUCCAACAUCAGAAUUGGUCACCAAAGAUGAUCCAAAGCCAGCAGAGAUUACGAAAACCAUGAGAGAGACCACCAUAGAUGUUCAGACCGUAAAGAAAGUGGUUAAAACAUUAGUUUCAGAAACUAAACCAUCAACAGAAGUGAUUUUGCCGGAGAAGAAACCGUUUAAAGAAGCCGUUCAAGAGUCGGAGACAAAGGAUGAACCUUAUCCAGAGCUGGCAAAGAACGAUCUGCCCGAAUCCAAACCAGUGGACGCCAUUCCUCAGGCCAAACGGAUUCCGCCUUCAGAAGCCGAAGCUCAGGGGAAUCAGAUAACAUUUUCAGAACCAGACACCCGAGCCAAGGAAAUUGGAGUCGAGCAGAAUGGUGCUCAGGCGGCACUGCCCACAGUGGAGAAAUCGGUGGAGAUGGAGAGGACUGAGUCUCCGACUGAAAUUACUGCACUUAAGACUGAGUCAGCCAGCGAGAAGGAGCAGGCAGCCGUCGUUCCAGCUGAAUCGAUGGCCACGAAUGAAGAUCCGGAAGUGUCAAAAUCCCUGCCAGAAAUUAAGGAAAAGAAAGAGGAGAAACCGGCUGCUGUGAUCGAGAAGAAGGAGCGUAAGAAGUCCCUCACAGAGGUGGCUUCUAAGCAGGAAAAAGAAGCUGAGAAAUCUCCAUCCAUGGAUAGGAAGGAUGAUGCUUCGGUUACGAAGCGUGAUGAAGUCGACAUUUCUUCAGUUUCGCAUAAAAAAGAUGAGGAAUUGCAGAAAUCCCCUCCAGAAAAUACGACUCUAAUGCAAAAAGAGGCAGUAGAGUCAUUAAAAGAAGUGGCCAUGGAGAAGGAAAUGGAAGUGGAAACGAAAGAAGUCACUGCCAAGAAAGAAAGUGAAAAGGAGACAUCGCCAGCAGUAGAGAAGAAGGAACUGGAUAAAUCCUCAACCAACACGACAACUCAAAGGGAAAACGAAACUGCCACAAGCCCACCGGAAGUGGCUGCCUCGGAGAAGAAGGAGCCACUAAGAUGCCCGCCAGAGAUCUCGAAAUCAUGUCCACCAGAUCACGCCACGCCCAAUGAAUCUGCAGCAGCUGAGGCGGCCAAAGAGGAGCAGCCUGGGAGGAAGCAAGCCAGCGAAUAUGCCACACCUUCUUCCGGCAAAUCCAAGGAGAAAUCCUCGCCAGCUUUCGUUGAGUGCGAUGCCAUGUUCAAGGCCAUGGACAAGGCCAAUGCCAAGAUGCGUCUCGACGAGAAGAGCAAGAAGAAGCAGAAGAAAGUGCCGCCCAAGGUGGACUCACCCGUUCCCAAUGCCGCCUCCUCCACGCCGACUCUUGGCCAGAAGUGCAAGUCAUUGGCGAGCAAGCAAGGCACACGCCGUAACACCAUCUAUGAGGAUUCACCCAAGCUGGAGCGGAACAGCUCACCCAGCUCCGAUUCCACCCAGCAAAAGAAGUCAUUGGCCAGUAAGACCGGGUCACGUCGAAACACCAUCUAUGAGGAUUCACCCAAACUGGAGAGGAACAGCUCGCCCAGCUCCGAUUCCACCCAUGUACCCAUGUCGACUGGCAAGCUAAAGCGAUCGAAGCCCAAGAAGAAGCUGAAUCCAAGGCGCAGCACAAUCUGUGAUGAAGCCAAAGAUCUCCGGACCGGCAUCAGUCCACCCACGGAGGAGCUGAUGGCCGCCAGUUCGCCAGUUUCCUCCUCAUCCGAAUGCUCGGCGAAGCGAACGAAGCGAGGCUCCAAGUUGGAUCUGCGUCGCAACACCAUUUGCGAGGAUCGUCAGGCCGAGACCUCCACGCCCGUGCCGCUCACCAAGCGCCGCUUCUCGAUGCAUCCGAAGGCGUCGGCCAAUCCGCUGCACGACACCCUCCUGCGAACCUCGUCGGCCAAGAAGAGGGGUCGCAAGCAGGGCAAGGCAUCGCUGAGCCGCCAGAAUUCGCUGGACUCCAGUUCGAGUGCUUCGCAAGGAGCGCAGCAGCAGAAGAAGAAGGCACGCAAGUCGGCGGAAUCCCUGCAUGCGGCCCUCAUGGAAACCGAGUCGUCCGAGUCCACCUCCUCGGGCAGCAAACAGCAGCAGCGACGCUGGGAUGUGCACACCUCGCCGGAACCGCUGGACACCACCACAACCAAUCCCCUGAGUGACAUUGCCAAGUUCAUCGAGGACGGUGUGAAUCUGCUCAAGCGCGACUACAAGGUGGACGAUGAGCAGCGGGAGGAGGGCAAGACACGGACGCCAGACACCGAGGAGGAUGAGUUUGCGCAACGAGUGGCCAAUAUGGAGACACCGGCCACCACACCCUCACCCUCUCCCACGCAAUCCAAUCCCGAGGAUUCCGUCUCCACCACAAAUCUUUUGCAGGAGAGCGCUGGCGGAGGAGGAGGCGGCGGAGGAGGCGGCGGAGGAGGAGGAGGAGGAGUGCGUCGCUCGCAUCGCAUCAAACAGAAGCCGCAGGGACAGAGGGCCAGCCAGGGCAGAGGAGUGGCCAGCAUGGCCCAGGCACCGAUCAGCAUGGACGAGCAGCUGGCCGAGUUGGCCAACAUCGAGGCCAUAAACGAGCAGUUCCUGCGCAGCGAGGGCUUAAACACUUUCCAGCCGCUGAGGGAGAACUACUACCGCUGCGCCAGGCAGGUUAGCCAGGAGAACGCUGAGAUGCAGUGCGACUGCUUCCUCACCGGGGAUGAGGAGGCCCAGGGGCAUCUGAGCUGCGGCGCCGGCUGCAUCAACCGCAUGCUGAUGAUCGAGUGCGGACCACUGUGCACCAAUGGCCAGCGGUGCACGAACAAGCGCUUCCAGCAGCACCAGUGCUGGCCAUGCCGCGUCUUUCGCACCGAGAAGAAGGGAUGCGGCAUUACGGCGGAGCUGCAGAUGCCGCCCGGCGAGUUCAUCAUGGAGUAUGUGGGCGAGGUGAUCGACAGCGAGGAGUUCGAGCGGCGCCAGCAUCUGUACUCGAAGGAUCGCAACCGCCAUUACUAUUUCAUGGCGCUGCGCGGCGAGGCCAUCAUCGAUGCCACCUCCAAGGGCAACAUAUCGCGGUACAUCAACCACAGCUGCGAUCCCAAUGCCGAGACACAGAAGUGGACGGUCAACGGUGAGCUGCGCAUCGGCUUCUUCAGCGUAAAGCCCAUUCAGCCGGGCGAGGAGAUCACCUUUGACUAUCAGUAUCAGCGGUAUGGCCGCGAUGCCCAGCGCUGCUACUGCGAGGCGGCCAACUGCCGCGGCUGGAUUGGCGGCGAACCGGACUCGGAUGAGGGCGAACAGCUGGAUGUGGACAGCGACAGUGAGGGUGAACUGCUGCUGGACGAGGAGGAACUCGAGCCGGAGGAGCAGGAGCCACGCAAGCUGGCAAAGGUCAAGGCCAAGUCCAAGCUGAAGGUCAAAUUGCCGCUGGCCACGACCAAUCGCAAGCGCAAGGAGCACCAGCAGCAGCAGCAGUCCAAGCCCAAGGAUCGCGAAUACAAGGCCGGUCGCUGGUUGAAACCCACUGCCGGUGCUGGUGGUGGUUCUGGUUCUGGUGGCUCUGGUGGCUCCGGUGCCUCGGGUGGAUCUGCAGCGGGCGAGAAGGCGACGCGUAAGCCAAAGGUCAGCAAAUUCCAUGCCAUGCUCGAGGAUCCCGAUGUGCUGGAGGAACUGUCGCUGCUCAGCCGCAGCGGGCUAAAGAAUCAGCUGGACACCCUGCGCUUCUCGCGCUGCAUGGUGCGUGCCAAGCUGCUGCAGACCCGCCUCCAACUGCUGGGCGUGUUGACGCGCGGCGAACUGCCCUGUCGCCGGCUCUUCCUCGACUACCAUGGCCUGCGCCUGCUGCACGCCUGGAUCAGCGAGAGCGGCAACGAUCAUCAGCUGCGCAUGGCCCUCCUGGACACCCUCGAAUCACUGCCCAUACCCAAUCGCACCAUGCUCAACGACAGUCGCGUCUACCAGAGUGUCCAGCUGUGGAGCAGCAGUCUAGAGCAGCAACAGCAGCAGGAGCAACAGCAGUUGCACAAGCGGAUGCUGGCCCUGUUGCAAAAGUGGCAGGCUCUGCCCGAGAUCUUUCGCAUCCCGAAGCGUGAGCGCAUCGAGCAGAUGAAGGAGCACGAACGGGAGGCGGACCGGCAGCAGAAGCACGUCCAUGCGAGCACCGCUCUGGAGGAUCAGCGCGAGCGGGAGAGCAGUGGCGGCGAUCGAUUCCGGCAGGAUCGCUUCCGGCGCGACACCACCAGCAGCCGCAUAAGCAAGCCCAUCCGCAUGAGUGGCAACAACACGAUAUGCACGAUAACCACCCAGCCGAAGGGCAGCAAUGGAGCCAUGGACGGCAUGGCCAGGAGCGACAGUCGCCGUCGGCCCGACAUGGCCACCGCCGCGGAACCAAGACGCACGCUGUCCAAGGAGCUGCGACGCAGUCUGUUCGAGAGGAAGGUGGCCUUGGACGAGGCUGAGAAGCGUGUGUGCAGCGAGGACUGGCGGGAGCACGAGCUGCGCUGCGAGUUCUUCGGCGCCGACCUAAACACCGAUCCCAAGCAGCUGCCCUUCUACCAGAACGCGGACACUGGCGAGUGGUUCAACAGCGAGGACAUGCCCGUGCCCACGCCGCAGCGCACGGAGUUGCUGUCACAGGCGUUGCUCUCCCCGGAACUGGAUGGCGGUGGGCAGGGCGGUGCUCCGCCGAUCGUCGAGUACAAGCUGCCGGCGGGAGUGGAUCCGUUGCCGCCAGCCUGGCACUGGCGAUUGACGAGCGAUGGGGAUAUCUACUAUUACAAUUUGCGCGAACGGAUAUCGCAGUGGGAGCCACCCAGUCCCGAGCAGCGCCUGCAAACGCUGGUGGAGGAGGAUCCCACGCAGCAGCAGCCACUGCAUGAGCUGCAGAUCGAUCCGGCGCUCCUCGCCACCGAACUCAUCCAGGUCGAUAUGGACUAUGUGGGCUCGCUCAGCUCCAAAUCCCUGGCCCAGUAUGUGGAGGCCAAGGUGAAGGAGCGUCGCGAACUGCGUCGCAAUCGACUCGUCUCCAUUCGUGUGAUCAGUCCGCGUCGCGACGAGGAUCGUCUGUACAAUCAGCUGGAGUCGCGCAAGUACAAGGAGAACAAGGAGAAGAUCCGUCGGCGCAAGGAGUUCUAUCGCCGGCGCAGGAUUGAUGUGACCACGGCGGUGACGGCUGCCGCUUCCCAGCUUCCGAGUGCCUCUGGCAAGCCAGAGGAUGCUCCUGCCAGCUCACUGCCCAUCCAGGCCUAUCUCUACUCCUCCGACGAGGAUGCGGCGGAUGCCCCAGCUACAGCUACUGCUCCUGCUCCUGCUCCUGCUCCUGCUCCUGCUGCUGCUGCUGCUGGAGAUCAGUCCGCAGCAGAUGGCAAUGAGGCGGCGCAGGCGGAGGAGCUCGAUGCCCUCGACAUGGCACCCAGCACCAGUCAUGCGGCUCUGGCAGCUCUGGGCAAGUCGGUUGGUGGUCAGGCGCCACAGGCGAGUGGAUCCGCCAGCAAGCGCAAGCUGCCGAUGCCACCGCAUGUGCCGGUGAAGAAGCACCGCCAGGAGCACCGCAGCAAAAAGGGCAAGAGCUCCCAAAGCCUUUUGACCACCAUAAGCGGACGCGAGGCCCAUGAAAAAUUCCGCUUUGAAAUCAGUGGGCAUGUGGCCGAUUUCCUGCGGCCCUAUCGCAAGGACAGCUGUCAAUUGGGUCGAAUAACCAGCGACGAGGACUACAAGUUCCUGAUUAAGAGGCUAAGUCAUCACAUUACCACCAAGGAAGUACGAUACUGCGAUCUGACCGGCAAUCCAUUGUCGUGUACGGAAUCUGUCAAGCACAAAUCGUAUGACUUUAUCAACCAGUACAUGCGCAAGAAGGGCCGUGUCUAUCGCAAGCCAGCAGAGAGCACCAUAUUCUAGCAUACCAUCAAUUCCGAUACGAAGCCGUAGCGGAGGUAAAUUCCAUGGGGCACAGGAAGCAGCCGCCAAGGAGAUGUCCCUUCUCGCCGCACCAGAACCCGAACCAAAUCCCACAUGGAACUAAAACUAUACACUUACUUUAUCUGUACACUUUAGGUUCUUAGCGUGUGACCUACCCCUCGAAGUGGGUAGCGUCUUCAUUGAAUAUAACUAGAAGAUUGUAGACUUUCGGCAUAGAGAUACAAAAAAAAAAAAAAAAAAAAAUAUGUGGGAAAAAUAUUGGAAUUUGAGAAAAAACAGUAUAAAAGCUGAAACCUAUGCAUUGCCUAAUAAUUGGUAAAAUGUCAUAAAUGGCAAACACUUGUAGCUAAUUAUUAUUAUUUUUUUUUCUUUUAUAUUUUAAGACUAAUUAAAUUUAUGAUUUACAUAAGUUUCAACAUAGUUUAUAAAAUAUCGCAAUUAAUAACAUUUUGAUAUCGAUCACAUCGACUAUUUCAAAAACGCAACGUAAUAAAUGGAUAAAA